AUGUCAGAAGGCAAAAGAAAGGCUGACGGUAGAGAUAAUGGCAGGCGUAGAUUCAGAUCUGACGGAACUCCGAUAUGGGGCCAGAGACACAUCGAGGGACCAGGUGUGUGGGUUACAUGUGUAAAAGGCAAAGAGAAACAGACUGUUGGGGAGUUGUACGAUGUGUUCGAAUCUCUUGCCAAACAAUUGUGGCCCACGGAAUCUGCCAGCACCGCUGAUGAACCGCAAGACUCAGAUUUUGAUGAUGAAGAAGGCGGAGGUGCGGAUGACAUCGAAAAGCAAAUCGCGAAAGAGGUUGCGUCCAUGAAGCGACCGCGGAAAGAGACAAGGUUCGCUAAUUGCCAGACGAACACGCCUUGCGUCGUCUUCAUUUCGUGCAAGCCACCUGUGGAUCCCGUCCGGCUAGUGGUGACGCACGUUCAAAAUGUCGUAGACACGGGAGUCACUCAGACACGAUAUACCCAACGUCUCACGCCGGUAUCUGGAAGUUGUGUCGCAAACGCCUCAGAGAUCCGGUCCCUGUUUACGCGGAUUGUCAAUGAUGCUCUUGCGGCAGAACCCGAUAAGAAAUUCAAGUACAAAAUUGAGUUGCGGAUGCGCAACCACAAUACAGUGACUAGAGACAAGCUCAUACCCGAGCUAGCGAAGUGCGUUCCAGAGGGCCAUACAGUGUCAUUGGACGACCCGGAGCUCUUUAUUCUGGUGGAGAUCUUCAAGAGCGUGUGCGGCAUAAGCGUGGUCAAGGACUACUACACGCUCCAGAAGUUCAACGUCAUGGAAAUUGCUAAUACAAAGAAUCUUCGGAACGGGGACGCGACAGGUCGUAUCCCUGGGAAGCAGAAGGAGGAAGGUGCUCCGACUGCCGUACCUACCCCUACCGAGACGGUUGCAGAGGUUCAGUAGGAAGGCCGUGUAUGAUCCUACGAGCGAUAGAUGUAGCAUAGCACUUGAGUACUCAUGGUUACCUUUGACCCAGCUGCAUGCUGGUCC